AUGUCAAAUUGUGGUAUUGAAAAUGGUAACAAUUAUAUUAACAACAGUAAUUCCAGUACAUUCAAUUUAUCUCCAGAAAUUAAAAGUCCACUCGCUCAAUCGACCUUUAUAGAAAUUGAACCAGAAAAUUAUGUUAUAAACUCCACUCAACUUUCUGUGGAAAUGUCCAAUGAGCAAAUUGAAAGUUCUAAAGAAUUGUGUGGUCGUCGAAUUGUGGAUAUGAAUUUUGUAUUCAAACAAAUUUUGAAUUGUAGACACAAGGGAGGGCUAGACUGUACAUUCUUAGAUAUGGAAUUAAUUUCUGAACACAGAAAAGGAUUUUUUUGUUCUUGGCUGUUUAAAUGUUUAGUUUGUCAAAUUAAAAUAAAAAUUGACUCUGAGAACACUUCUGAAACUGAAUAUGUAGGAGUAAAUAAAGCAGCAGUUAGUGGUUCUAUUGCAAUUGGAAUUGGUCAUACACAACUGAAUGAAUUUUCAGCGACUAUAGAUGUCCCGUAUAUUUCACCUAAUGUGUUUAUUAAACUGCAAUCAAAUAUUGGUGAAAUUAUAAAUGAAACUGCGUGGGAUGAAAUAUACCUAGCCGGAAUAGAAGAAAAAAAGUUAGCCAUUGAAGAUGGUAAUUUAAAUUCGGAUGGAGUACCCAUGAUAACUGUAGUAGCUGACGGAUCGUGGUGUAAGCGAAGUUAUAAAACUAAGUACUCUUACAUUAUUAAUUUAACAAUAAUUGGGUUUAGAACUAAAAAAAUUUUGUUCAUUGGAAUACGUAAUCGCUAUUGUUUAAUAUGCGAACGUUCAAAAAACAAAAACACAAUAUCUGAAACUCAUAAUUGUUUUUUAAAUUGGAAAGGAACAUCAACUGGUGUGGAAGCUGACGCUAUAGCUGAAGGUUUUGCGAAGAGUAUUGAAAUGCAUGGUCUAAUAUAUAAUAAACUUAUAGGGGAUGGAGACAGUUCAGUGUGUAAGCGACUUCAUCAAACUUUACCAUAUGGGCCAAAAUUAUUAGUAGAUAAAAUUGAAUGUCUUAUGUCGCAACCACAUAUUGAGAAAUCUUGGUCAAAAAAUAUCUCAAUUAACCAAAAAUACUAA